AUGUGCAGGUCUGACGGCGCCACACUGGUCAAGAUAGACACCGCGGAGAAACAGGACAUCGUCGGAGGGUUGUUCAACUUCAGCUUUAAAAAGAAAGAGUAUCCCUGGAUUGGACUGCGGGACUCAACCAGGUCAAACGUCUACAGAUGGACUGACGGUUCCGUCCCGACGUACACGAACUGGGACAAAGGGGAGCCCAGCUUUACAUAUCGAUCGAAGGACGAGGAGUGUGUCCUGAUCCUUUUACAGAUGUUUGGGUCUGCAUGGAACGAUCGUGACUGCAGUAAAUUACACUGGUUUGUGUGUGAAAUGUGA